ACAAAAAACGAAUGAAGAAAGGAUUAAAGCGAAGAAGACGGUUUAGUUUAGGAAGAAGAGCUUAAAAAGCUGUGUCAACCAAUAUAUAUAACUCCUUCUCCCGCGGCGGCGACGGCGAAUACGAUGAUAAAGCUUUGGAGAUGGUACCAGCGAUGCCUGACGGUUCAUCCAGUGAAAACGCAGGUCAUCAGCUCCGGCUUUCUUUGGGGAUUUGGCGAUGUCACCGCUCAAUACAUCACUCAUUCCACUGCCAAACCUCCUCCUCCUCUUCUUCGCCUCACUGACAACAAGGAUAAAGAGGCAGACAAAAAUGCAGAAUUCAAGGUCAACUGGAAGCGAGUAGCUAUCACUAGCAUGUUUGGGCUUGGUUUUGUUGGACCUGUUGGCCAUUUCUGGUACGAAGGCUUGGACAAAUUCAUAAAACUGAAGCUCCGAUAUGUACCAAAGUCAACACGUUUUGUAGCAGCCAAAGUGGCAAUGGAUGGUCUUAUCUUCGGCCCCAUAGAUCUACUAGUCUUCUUCACUUACAUGGGAUACGCCACAGGCAAGAACACAUCUGAAGUGAAGGAAGGACUCAAGAGGGAUUUUCUUCCGGCUCUAGCUCUUGAAGGAGGAGCGUGGCCGCUUCUUCAGAUCGCAAACUUCAGAUACGUUCCCGUGCAGUACCAGCUUCUCUACGUCAACAUCUUUUGCCUUAUAGACAGCGCUUUUCUCUCGUGGGUCGACCAACAGAAGGAUGCAGCUUGGAAGCAAUGGUUCACUACUUCGUUUUUAACGCUUAAAGAACGAGGUGGCACUGAUGGAGUAUGAUUCGUUUUUCCAUCUCAAUGAAAACAAGACAGAGUGUAAUUCUCGAUUCUCAACAACGAAGGUUGCCACACAGAUUCUUGAAUCAAGAAUAUUAUUUGGUUUUCAAAAGAAUUUGUUCUUAAUGGCUCAACUAUAAAUUAAAAGUAAGAUAGGAACAUGGGAUCAAGAGAGUUAAGCGAGAGAUUAUCUACCUCUUAAGACUCUAUAGUGUUCAAUUGAUAAUGAAACAAGUCUUUUUGAACAUCUUACAAGCAGCACCUAAGCUUCGUUAGGGCAAAAGAGUAAACUUUAUUUACAAUUACAAACAAGUAAUGGUGACAUUCUCCAAAAAUUCAAGAUCAGCCAAUAACUUCACAAGCACAUGAGACCAUAAGGUCGCAUGAACAUCAAUGCUUCCUUGUUCAAUCCCCUGGAAAAGUACAAGCUUACCUCUCGUACUAUUCCCGGGUCCAGCUCUAGCUGCAAUCGGCUUGCCCCAACCGAAAUCGUUUCCAUACACAUCAAACCAAGGAGAGCUCGACAUAACCACAGAAUCAAAUUCCAUUGGACUCCCACCACCCUUUUUUGGUAUCUUAACGUUUCUGACCCAAUUCUUUGCAAAACUUUUGAACUUUUCAUCCGUUUGUGAGCGCACCAUUUUAUUUAAUUGCAAAGCAGCCCAACCCAUCUGAUGAUCCAGCAGUUCCCCAACUGUGACCGUAGCUACCCCGAGAAGGAUCGCAUUUCCAAAACACUCUUUCUCAAGCGGAGGGUUUAACCUUUGCCUAAAAUCAACCGCUAAUUUGCAAUGUGUUUCUUCUUCUCGGCUCAUACCACAGUGUCUGACUAUGGACCUCCAUAAAUGUGCCGAAAGCGCUUGUAAGGACGAGAUAACCAGAUCGCUAGAGCCACCCUCGUUGUUGGCUUUAGUUUUGAGAUAUGAAAGAUUCCUCUUUGUGAAGUGAAAAACCCUCUGGUUCAUAGCUGCAGGAAAAUAAGUUUCUUGGCUUGGAAAAGAGGCCACCACCGUCUCUGAAGCUGGAAUACGUAUCGGGAAACUGACCCCGUCAAGGAACCAUCCUCUGAGUUUAAGAGGGCUAUAAUGAUCAUUAUCAUAACCAGCCGAGCAAAUCUUGGACCAAGUAUUAAAGAAACUCCAAAUGGAAGCUCCAUCAGCGACCAUGUGAUUAUAACCGAAACUGAUGAACACACCAUCUUUCAUCUCGGUGACUUGCAACGCAAGUAAGGGCUCCGUGAGGCCGUUGAUGCUUUUAACGCCGACAGAUGGGAAGAAAUGACUCAUGAAAUGUGGAACAGAGCCAUGAGGCUGAAGAAUGUCGCUCCCCGAUAAAGAUUUGGAUUCGGCAUGGACGAACUUGGCACCGGAGGAGCCGUGCUCGUCACAGUCGAUGUAAAACGACACCGUGUUGUCGUCAAGAUUCUCAACUUUGACAAGACGACCGGAGAAGGGGAAGUAGAUCUCUAAGGCAGUUGAAAGAGAUGUUUUUAACCGAGAGAUGAAAUGGGUUUCCGGGUCGGGUUUGUGAAAGAGAAGACCUCUUUGAGGAUAAUCAACGUAAAGAAGGUUAAGAUCAAAUGGAGUGAGAUGGAUCUUUGUUCGACUACAUUGGUUAAUGUUUUGGGGUCGAACAAUGCUUGAAGAAAUUACAGUCACAUCUGCCAUUGUUUUUAAUCUCUCUCUACGACUACAAACAAAUGAUCUGAAACAAAGCAAGAUCAAAGCUGAAACCUUACAACAUAUUUAUAAUAAUAUAAACAACAAAUGGUACAAAGAAUAGAAUACUAAUCAAUUCCGCUGCUAUCUU